CCUCGGCGAUGGAGCCGCCCAACAGCACAGCCAACGGCAGCCAGGCGGGCAACUGGACGGCGGCGGCGGGGGCGCCUCCAGCCAGCCUGGGCUACCAGCUGGGCACCUCGGUGGCGCUGGGGGCGCUGAUCCUGUUCGCGGUGCUGGGCAACGCCUGCGUGGUGGCCGCCAUCGCCCUGGAGCGCUCCCUCCAGACGGUGGCCAACUACCUGAUCGGCUCGCUGGCCGUGACGGACCUGACGGUGUCGGUGCUGGUGCUGCCCAUGGCGGCGCUGUACCAGGUGCUGGGCAAGUGGACGCUGGGCCAGGUGACCUGCGACAUCUUCAUCUCGCUGGACGUGCUGUGCUGCACCUCGUCCAUCCUGCACCUCUGCGCCAUCGCCCUGGACCGCUACUGGGCCAUCACCGACCCCAUCGACUACGUCAACAAGCGCACGCCGCGCCGGGCCGCCGUCCUGAUCAGCCUGACCUGGCUGGUGGGCUUCCUGGUCUCCAUCCCGCCCAUGCUGGGCUGGCGGACGCCGCAGGACCGCUCCGACCCGGACGCCUGCACCAUCAGCAAGGACCCCGGCUACACCAUCUACUCCACCUUCGGCGCCUUCUACAUCCCGCUGCUCCUCAUGCUGGUGCUCUACGGGCGCAUCUUCAAGGCGGCGCGCUUCCGCAUCCGCAAGAGCGUCAAGAAGGCCGACAAGAAGAGGAAGAAGGAUGCCCCGGCGGCGGCCGACACCUGCCUCUCCCUCUCGCCCAAGCGCGGCGGCGGCAGCAACAGCAGCAACGGAGGCCCCAACCGGGCCCAGGAGCCGCCCGCCGUCGGGGCUCUGGGCAGCGUGGCCUGCGUCAACGGCAGCCCGGCGGCUUUGGAGGGUAACCCCGCACCCCGCUCUGCGAAGGCCCUGCUGCCCUUGCCGGACCCGCAGCCCCCGCAGCCCGCCACGCAGGCCACGCCGGCCUCGGAGCGCAAGAACCAGGAGCCGCGCACGGCGGAGGCCAAGCGCAAGACGGCCCUGGCCCGCGAGCGCAAGACGGUCAAGACGCUGGGCAUCAUCAUGGGCACCUUCAUCCUCUGCUGGCUGCCCUUCUUCAUCGUGGCCUUGGUGCUGCCCCUCUGCACGGAGUGCUACAUGCCGGACUGGCUGGGCGCCGUCAUCAACUGGCUGGGCUACUCCAACUCCCUCCUCAACCCCGUCAUCUACGCCUAUUUCAACAAAGAUUUCCAAAGUGCUUUUAAGAAGAUCGUCAGGUGCAAGUUUUGCAGGCAGUGACACUGCUAGACCGGGCGGGAGAGAGAGAAGGAGAUGGAGAAGACGGGGAAGAAGAAAGAGGAGGUGGAAGAGGUGGAGCAGGAGAAGGGACACUCACUCUGGCAGCGGAGAGGAAGGGGGCCGAGAAGCAGAGGGGCCCCGGGAGGGAGCGGAGGGGAAGGAAGGAGAGGAGAGGGGGUUUCCUGACUCUGGAGUAUAGGGGUCUAGUGUCUAGAUCCAGGGAAGUCAUGUUCCCCGCUCUAUUCUGCCUUGGUCACACUGUGUCCAAUUCUGGGCACCGCAAUUAAGGGAGAUGUUGACAAGGAGGGCGACUAAAAUGAGCAAGGGUCUGGAGAACAAGCCCUAGGAGGAGCGGUAUGUUUAGCCUGCAGAAGAGAGGAGACAUGAUGACGACCAUGUAUAAAUAUGUGAGGGAAAAUCAUAGGGAGGAGGGAGCAAGCUUGUUUUCUGCUCCCCUGGAGACUAGGAUAGGGAACAAUGAUUUCAAACUACAGGAAAGAAAGGUGAUUCCACCUGAACAUUAGGAAGAACUUCCUCACUGUGAGUAAUUCAGCAGUGGAACUCUCUGCCCCAAACGGUAGUGGAGGCUCCUUCUUUGGAGGCUUUUAAACAGAGGCUGGAUGGCCAUCUGUCAGGGGUGCUUUGAUUGCGAUUUUCCUGCUUCUUGGCAGGGGGUUGGACUGGAUGGCCCACAUGGUUUCUUCCAACCCUAUGAUUCUAUGAGAUAGAAGGAGAUGGAGAAGAAGUGUUGGGGAAUCUGAGCUGUUAGGUUCAAAAUGGCUUAGGAUUGUAGAGCCAGAACUUUAGGUUCAAAAAUAUUUAUUGAAGGAAAAGAAAUACAUUCAUGAUAGAAAAGUUCUUGGAGCUAAUCGAGCUUACUCAAUCUCAUCUUCUAAGAAAGGUAAAAAGUCAAAAAGGUCAAUGCAGCUACAUUUUGCCUAAAGAGAGGCAAAAUGUGUCCUUACUUGAAGGAAGAAAAGGCAGAAGAACAAAAGCGAAUGGCCACAUGGCCAGCCCAGGGUAAUAAAAAACUUAAAAAGGAAAUUCCCUCACAGAAUUCAUUGCUACAUCAUCAAAGGGGGGUGGAGACAGUGGCUAGCAGGAGGAGGAAAAACAAAGCCCUUUUUGGAAAACAUGCAUAGCAAUGUGGGGGAGCAAUCCCGCAGCCUAAUCCUAUCUCUAGCUACUCAUUGAGGUCUGGAAACUUGAUGACGCAAGACACUUGUGCAGUUCAGGGAUGAAACGCAACAGGAGGGGGGUUUCUGACUCCUUUGCCUCCUUGCAACUCCUUGAGCGCCUCUGGCUUCAUGAACUUUGCUUCACGUCUCCUGUUCCCAUCAUCGACUUUGCAGACCCUUCUUUCCCACAUACACUGAUGGGACCUGCACUUUGCUGUGGGGCACCUCCUGCUCCAUUGCUUGAAGAAUGGACCACCCUUUCCUUUUAGGAAUUCCACAAAAAGCAGAGCCAAGAUUCCUUUGAGAACAUAGUCCUUCUUCCUCCGCCUCUCUCUCUCCUUCUCACCUUCUUUCUGCCCCCUUUUGCGAACUACAACUCUUCUUCCGCACAAAGCAAGCCACCCAGGAAGGCUACUAUGAGUGAAAGUAAAUUGAAUGAUCCAGUUCCACCUUACCAGGGUUCCAUCUUGGGCCAUCAGAUGCCAGAAUCCAAACCUGUGCCACCACUGUGAAAUCUUUGGAAAACUGCUUUAAAAGAAUGCAACAACAAUAAAACAUUGGAAGUACAGUUCCGAAUCCUGCUGCAUUUGCAUAGAAAGCAUAGAAGACAUACCUGUCUAGAAGCAAAACAAGAACUUGACUGCCUCUCUUCAACAAGAACCGAACAGAUGAAGGAAACCUCUGACAUCUUCUAAAUGUAUGUUUUCUCUAGAGGCUCUUCUGACCCUUCAUGAUCUCAUGGACCAGCCCAUGCUAGAGGUCCCUGUCAGCCAUCGACACCCGCAACUCCUUCAAGGUCAAGCGAGUCACUUCAAGGAUACCAUCCAUCCAUCUUGCCCUUGGUCGACCCCUCUUCCUUUUUCCUCAGCAUUAUCUUUUCCAAGCUUUUCUGACUUCUCAUUAUGUGGCCAAAGUAUACCAUCUUUCAUCUGCCUCAUUAGCCAUGGGAAAACCUGAGAACCAAAGACAUGCUUUCCUAUAAGCAGUAGGGAUUUUUGUUGUUUCUCUAGCUGUUGUUGGUUCUGAGGUGUCAUUCAAUGUAACCGGUUUGUGUAACUUUGCAAUUUUCUAAGCUAUACAUGGAGAAGGAUGCUCCAAGAUAUUAUGCCCAGAAAUUAAUUUAAUUUUUCUUAAAUUCUGGUAAACCACAAAGUACUUUUGUUUAUUUGGCACACAUAUAGAUUGCUUUCUUGUUUACGAGAAGGAAAGGGAAAUGUGGUUUGUAUUACUUAUAUCUCUAUAUUGUACUGUAAAAAGUGGCACUGGGAAAUGUGUGAAUACUAGGGAGGGAACUCUUUUUGGCUAGCCAGCUCUUCAUUGCCAAAAGCUUAGGACAAAGAAAAAGCUAUUUCAUUUGCACAAUAUCCCAUGGCACUCUCAGAUAGAUAUGUAUACAGAGUGACACCUACUCCACAUCAACAAUCUGGAGAAUUCAGUUCCCUUGCAUAAUUACUGUGUGCCUUCAAUUCAUUUCUGACUUAUGACAACUGUGAGGUGAACCUGUCACAUGGAUGAAAAAUACAGAAAAUUAGUUGCUGCUUUUGAUGUUGUCACACAGCAGUUAAUGUGGCAUAGUGUCCAGAGAGAAGGAAGUAAUAGUUUCCUAUGUCCAGUUUUGGUAAACCUCAGCUGGGGUCAAGUUCUCAGUGUCAUAUUCAAGAUGAUAUUGACAAACUAGAACAUGUUCAGCAGAUAGUGACCAAGAUGGUGAAAGGUGUAAAAGCCAUGGCAUACGAGGAAAGUGUUGCGGUUUGUGUAUGCAUGCGGGCCAGUGAACAGAACAGCAGAAUACUCAGUUUUUAUAUUCAAAAGUUGAGCAACACAAAAUUAACAAAGAACUCAAAAUUUACUCUUGUGUAUCAGAGUUUAAAAAUACUAACACAACAACUUCAGCAUAAACAGUAACAGUCUUCCUAUAGACACUCACACAUAAUCCUUUGCAUUCCUUCAUGCAAUGCUGUCCAUCACAAAAGUUUAUCUUCUUCCUUGCUUUAUUCCUUCUUCAUGUGGAUAAACAGAGAAGACAACAUUUGCAGUAUCAAAUGAACUGCAAGUUAAGAGCUUCUGCCCAGGAGCAAACAUUCAAGAAACCCAGUGAUACAUUUCAAACACCUUGUAGUUAUUGUUGAAGUGGGAAUGAUUGUAUAUAAAAUUGUUUAAAUGUAAUUGAGUUAUAGUGUUGCAAUGUGAGCUGGAGAUUGCAUCAUGCACUGUCUGCUGUCCACUAUGCGAGUGUGUAAAGAGUUAACUGUGUAUUGCAUCAGACAGCAGAGGUGAUUAUAAAUAGCUCCCUGUGUUAUCUGUUCUUCCCUCUACUCUCUGCUCUUUGCCUCUCUGUACUCUGUAUGUAUAUAUCGUCUUGAGAGUUUUUCCGUUUGUUAGUAAAUCUUUUGUAGAAAGCCAAACAGGCUUCAGCCUCUUUAUUAGUGCCAGUGAUUCUUCGUUGAUCUUCCGCUGCAUGUGUGUUUAUCCAAACCGCGCACUCUGACAGUUAUAUCCCUUAGGGAGUGCCCAAACUAGUUAGCCUUAAUUAAUCCAAUUACACAACCUGAGGAUUGUGAUUAACCAAGGUGAGCUUUUUUUUUUUCUUUUCAGCACAUACAUGGUACUGCUCACGUAGGAACUUAGCAUGUGUACCUUAAUAGAAAGGCUUUUGGAGCUGAAUAUGUUUAACUUAGAGAAGAUAAGACAGGUAAUAUAAUACCCUUUUUAAUUAUGUAAAGCAGUGGUUCUCAACCUGUGGGUCCUCAGAUAUUUUGGCCUUCAACUCCCAGAAAUCUUAACAGCUGGUAAACUGGCUAGGAUUGCUGGGAGUUGUAGGCCAAAAACACCUGGGAACCUAUAAGUUGAGAACCACUGAUCUAAAGGGAUGUCAUGCCUUCAUAUGGUUAAAAUGUCUAUCAUUAUUCUUUUCUACAAAGAUAUCAUGUAGAAGAUGGAGCCAAUGUAUAAUAGAGAUUUGAGUGUUGGACUACAAAUCUGGGGAAUAGGGUUUUUUAAUCCCCACUUGGCAUGAAAACAGACUGAGUUAUCUUGGGCAAGUCACACACUCUGUAUUAGGUUUGUCUUAGAAUCGCUGCAAGUCAGAAAUUGCUUGAAGAUACAUAACAGCAACAUUAGUCAGAGCUGGAACAAGCUUGUUGUCUACCAUUUCAGAGGCUAAUACACAGCAAUGGUUUCAAAUCACAAGAAAAGAGAUUUCACCUAAACUUUUAGGACAAAUUUCUGGAUUAUAAGAGCCUCUGAGGGCAAUGGACUAUAAUUAUUGAGAGGUCAUUAAACAGGAACUGGAUGACAAUUUUUUUUCAGGAAUGUUCUAGUUGCGUAUUCCUGCAUGGCAGGAGAUUGGAACAGAUGGCCCUUGUAGCUCCUUUGCCUAUGAUUCCAUGAUUCUUAAGGUUUAUAAAAGUUAGAUUCCCCUGCAGACUUAUUUAUUUCAAGGCAAUAAACAGUUAAACACAAUUAAACACACCAAACACAGUUAAAGCUAAAAAGGAGAAAAAGGUGUCUGCGACUUCCAAUUUUGACAGUGGUUAUAAACUGUAAUAAAAUUGUAACUGUCUCCCCUGUUAAUGACCUUCAUUUCAGAACUGCCCAUGCUUCCCAAUGACCAAAGUCACUGCUUUGUUCUGAUAUUUCAAAGUAUUGUCUCAAUUAAUACAAUGUUUGUCAAAGCAAACUUUCUUACAGAGACAAUGGGAGAAGGGGGGAGGAGGGAACACGAAGUACUGAAAGCAAAACUCUCACCACCUUCUGUCCCAUUCAAUUUAGUAUUUCUUAUCAUCACUAACAUUAUUUUCCAUUAAGAGAUUACAGACAAUGUGAGAUGGUAAUAAAAGGAACAGGCUUAUUGUUAUGGGUCUGACAGUGAACAUUUAGCUAAAUGGAUCCCUUUAUACUGCCAAUGUUUUUAUUUGUAUUACAAAAAUGGAUGCUAUCAUUUAAUGAGCGGUGUUCCUGUUUACUCAUUUUCUAAGAAAUUGAAGAAGUGUUUCCUAAACAUCUAAGUCAAGGGUGUGUUCUUGACUGAAUUAAAAUAGGAGGCACCCUUCCUUCUUACAUUAGAAAAAGAGACAGAUGAAUCUGUCUUUUUCACUUUCUAUAAAGUUUUGGAGUUGCCCCAGUUUUUCAUGCCCUCACCACAAAUGUUUACUGUAUCUUGAAGUAAUAUUGAUAUUUAAUAACUCUGGAGUAGGGAUAGUAACCCCAGAUUUUCUCAUUCCUGAGAAAUGUUAGGAAAAAUUAAUUGAUAAUUCCUUCUCAUGUUAUCAGGAUGCUUAGAAUCUUUCUUUCAGCAAUAAGAGGAAACUGCUAUUUUCUGAAGAAAGCUACAUACAUAGUUUACCAAAGGCAGCAUAGUUUUCAAGAAAGUAGUGCAGCUUUCCUACAAAAGUCAUGGAACUUUCCAAAAAGGCAGAGAAAAAGAGCAUAAAAUUGAAUGAUUUGCUGUUUUAAACGUUUAACUUUAAACAUUCAGCUUUAAAUCCUUCCCCUUCCUAAAAAACAGAGGGGUGUGUGAAGUGCUUGAGGGAGUGAUAGAUAGGUUUAAAAGCAGCAGAGCGUUAAAAAGAUGGAGAAGAAAGGUCAAAAUGGAAUGUUCCAACUUUAAAUGUUGCACAAGUUUAAAAGCCCUACUCUUUUAAAAGACAGAAAACAUAACAGAACAAUGCAUAUCUUCAAUAGCUAUGAAGCUUUUUAAAAAAGCUGGAGAGAAGAGCACAAAAGGGAAUGAUGCACAACUUUCAAUAAUAAGAACAGGAACAACAGCCCUGAAUGCGAGCAAUGGUAUAUUAUUCACAGAACAAAAAGGCAAAUAGUACACACAUAGGUUUAAUAUAUAUACUUCUCCAUUUGUAUAUGUUUAUAUUUUGUGCAGUUUUCCUAAGUGCAUAUAUGACAAUA